CGACGUGUAGAAAAAAUGCGACCAGUACAAAACGCAAAACGAAUUUAAGAAACACGGCGGGAAUUGUUUAGUACUUAAACAAUAAUACAUACUUUGUAUUGCCAACAAAAGUUAUGAUACAUUUGUGCAGCACAUUCGAUUUCUUAAUUAAAACUGUAACUCGGGUUCUUACUGAGCGUUAACGGGGUAACAUGGGUAUACCAGAGAUGGAUGGUACUACAGCACCAGUCAAGAAACGUCAGAGGCUUUCACUGAAGGCAGGAAGACAAAGAGCAGGUUUAACCUCUCAGUCACCAGCUGAUGAUUCCAGUAACAAUGCUCGAAAACAAGAGAGUGAGUGUUCUGAGAGCAGUACAACAGUUGCAAGCUCAUUAAGUUCAUCAACUGUUGACAGUAGUACAUCAUCAAGUACUGAAACAAGUAUGUCAACGAGUACGACAGCUGACACUGAUGUCUCGAGCUCCAUCAGUAAAGUUGAUGUGAGGGUACCUGCUGUCGCCUCGCUGGAAAAUCUUGGCAACACAUGUUUCAUGAACUCAAUUAUGCAGGUACUAAGAUAUACACCAGGAUUCUUACAUAAUCUGGCAUUACUUUACCAAGACAUACAGUCAUCAGAGAAAAUCAAACGUAAAAAUAAAACUAGCGAUGAUGACCUGUCAAGUUUUGCUGAGGAUAUGAAUAAGAGAUGCUGUAAAGUUGUCAAGAAUGUGUACAAGGUGUACAGAGAUCUAUCAACAUUAGAGGAUAAGUAUGAUGAGGUAGCCUCAGAUGAUGUCAUGUCCAUGGCAGUAAAACCUAAUAAAAUAUUAUCAGCUAUCAGAGAAUUGAACCCAAUGUAUGAAGGACAUAUGCAACAUGAUGCCCAAGAAUUCCUGCGCUGUUUCUUGUGCUAUUUUCAAGAUGCUGAAAAAGAAGUGCAGAAAUUUUACAGUCAACUUCCACACUCCUUCUCUCCAAAAAUCAAUCCUAUAAUGCAAAGGUUUCUGGCCAGUUCAAAUGCAAGUCAAGAAACAAAAGAUAAGAUUGUGAAAAUUGUGAACGAGAUAUCUAAUGAAUCAGAUGAUAAAUUGGGCACAGAAAAUGCAAUAGAAACUGAAAAAGUGAAGGUUAAUCUGUUUCCAAAGGCAGAAAUCAGAACAGAGACAGCAAAGUCCCCUCAGAAGGUACAGAAGGUGCCAAAUGUUGGGGACACAGCUGGCGUGGUGGACAAGAUUAAUGAGAAGGUCACUCAGAUAGGUGCAAGUACUGAACCAUCGGUUUCAAAAGACACUGCUUCAGGAACAGUAAUGCAUGUUGAUUUGAAAGAAGUAAAUGUAACUAAGCUGCCAUCCUCUGUAGAGAUAGGACUAGGCGCAGAAUCAGAGGUUACUGACACUAUAGGUAAACAACAGAAACCUAAAGCCUUGGCAAGAAGAAACAGAAGAAUAAAACCUUAUGAUAAAGAUGAAAAGAUUCAAAGGCCAAAGAAAGAUAAUAAAGAUAAGAUUAUUAAACAAAGAAGAGGUAAGAGGUCUAAGGAAAAAGACACUUCUGAGUUAGGUGGCCCAGACUGUGAUAUUAGAAAUGAACAGAAAUGUUCUACCAUAAUUCCUCUGCAAUUAAGAAAUGAAAAUGUGUGUAAGGAGAAAUCUGUACCAGUCAUAUCAAAGUCUGAUAAUGCAAUAGAUGUGAAGAAGAAGAAAGCGUUAGAAACCAGAUCAUACCAGGAUGUCUUUUCCCAGUUUCUAUCUGCUUUACCUGAAGACGAUACAGAUUCAGUGGAAAUGCAGUCUGAUUCUGAUAAUGAAGAUAUUGUCUUGAAGAAAAUAAAGGAAAAACAACUUAGGAAUUCUCCAAGAAGAUCACCUCGAAAGACUUCAUCAGAGAUGUUGAGACCCAACGAACGUAAGAUUGAAAUAUCCAAGCUUGCUCUAUCAGCAAAAUCUGAGUCAUCGUUACUUACUGCUAAGCAGCAUCUUGAUUUUUCUGAGAAUAAAGGUGGUUUAGAAAGGAAAAAUGAAACAGAAUGUAAAACUGAUGCAAGUGAUGAAGCCCCCUCAAAUGUACCUACCGCUGUGUCUCAGUUUGUCGUAAAAUCAGAAAUAGCUGAUGAUGGGGAUGAUAUUAGAAAUACAGAAGUACCCGAUAUUGAUGCUGGAGUGAGAACUGAGCAGAAAAAUGAAUCUAAGUCAGUGCCAAUAGCUCUUGUACCUGUAGUCAAACUAGAGAAUUGCGACUAUAUUCUAAAUGAAAAUGGAACAUCUGUGAGUGCAGCUUAUGCCACCAAAUGCCUCACACCAAUGAAGAAUGACCGUCGUAGCAGCUCAGGUUCGAACAAUUAUCUAAAACAGAGGAAUCAGCCAUUCUCCAUGGAUAUAUCUGAUGACCAGCAACUGAAAAGAGCACUUGCAGAGAUGCUAAAUUCUCCAGUAAAAAGCAGGUCCAAAUAUGAUCUCAUAGAAAGAACAUUUCAGGGAUCCAUGAUGUUACGAACACGUUGUUUACAGUGCGAGUCAUCUACUGAGAGACAGGAAGACUUUCAUGAUGUCAGUGUUCCAGUCAGAAUUGAGAAAUCUGACAGUGAUGAUGAAGAUGAAGAAGUAACUGAGAACAAAUGUGAUUUACUGGACCUGAUAGAAGCUUCCACUGAGAUAGAAAAAUUGUUGGAGGAGAAUAAAUAUUACUGUGAUGAAUGCAAAGCAUAUGUCGAAGCUGAGCGGUCCAUGCACUAUGAUGUGAUGCCAGAUAUUCUUACACUACAUCUAAAACGGUUUUCUUCAGAGACAAGAAAUCCUAGUAACAUUAUGAAGAUUAACGACCAUGUUGAUAUACCUCUUACCUUACCGUGUCUACGGUAUAAAUGCUCACAGUCUUGUCUUCGACCCGAUCAUAGGUACAGACUGUAUGGAGUAGUGACUCACUCAGGCGUAACUCUUACUUCAGGACAUUAUCUAGCUUAUGUUAGAGCUUUGCCUAACCAUCCGACAGACAAUUCUCACAGGAAACAACAAAAUUGUCAUAUCGAUACAAACUACAACAAUCAACUAGGGGAAAUUAGUCAGAAAGAGAAUUCUGUCAACAAGUCGGAUAAUUCAAUGCCUGCGACUCGUCGUAAGAUGGGUGUGGCCACAAAGUUGCCAUCCCGCUUUGAUGACAAUGUUAUUGCCAAUACUAAAGUUAAAGCAUUUCAAUCAGUUGCAGUGAAAAAAAUAAAACCCGACCUCGUAGCGUCAUUGUUGCCAAGCAAACAGUAUGACGAGGAAUGGUUUGAAUGUGACGAUGAAACUGUCCGAGUCUUUGAUGAACCAGAUUUUGUUGAAUUAUUAUCAGAGAAAUCAGGGUCUCUGCUGGGAACACCAUAUCUGUUGUUUUACCACAAAGCAACCAUGUGUUGACGCAGCACUAGUUGAUUAGAUAGAAUGUCUGUGAAAAUGUGAUAUGAAUUGUGUAUGCCAUAAUGGAAUUUAGUAUUCUGUAAACUUCAUUUUACUUUAUUUUGGUAAAAUCUGUCUUACAAUAGUUGGUUUAGGAUACAUAUUCACUUUGAAAACCAACAUUUCUUUUUGUUAUUAACAUAGUUAAAGAUGAAUUUAUUAAUGUACAUAUAAUGCUCCAAAUCAAGUGCAUUUGUGGUGUUUUUGAACUUAAUCAAAUUUUUUUGCAAUAUUAUUUCUGUGUUCUUUCUGAUAUAUAUCUUGGUUUAAUUUUUUUUCAUCUUCCUUUGUAAUUGUACAUUUUGUCUGGUUAUUAGUGAAAUGUUACUAUUUUUAGUUUUAAAAAGUUUGUUCAUACAAAUUUAACAACUUUCAUGCUUGUAAGUCAAACCAAGUUGGAAAAGUUCUACUGUAAAAUUAGAAAAUACCCAUUCCAAGCUGGUACAGUGUUACUGCUAGUUGUACAGCAUUAGCAACCUUAACACACAAGUUGGUACAAUUUUUAUUACUACUGCAAGUCUUACACAACUAUAAGUCGUACACAAGUUGGUAUAACACUACUGAUUGGUACAAUACUACUGUAAGUCAUACACAAGUUGGUACAAUACUACUGCAAGUCAUACACAAGUUGGUACAAUACUACUGUAAGUCAUACACAACUGUAAAACAUACAUAAGUUGGUACAAUACUGUUAUGAGUCAUCAACAUGUUGGUACAAUACUGUUAUGAGUCAUCAACAAGUUGGUACAAUACAACUGCAAGUCAUACACAAGUUGGUACAAUACAACUGCAAGUCAUACACAAGUUGGAACAAUACUACUGCAAGUCAUACACAAGUUGGUACAAUACUACUGUAAGUCAUACACAAGUUGUUACAAUACUACUGCAAGUCAUACGCAAGUUGGUACAAUACUGUUAUGAGUCAUCAACAAGUUGGUACAAUACAACUGCAAGUCAUACACAAGUUGGUACAAUACAACUGCAAGUCAUACAUAAGUUGGUACAAUACUGUUAUGAGUCAUCAACAAGUUGGUACAAUACUACUGCACAAGUUGAUAAGUACUACUGUAAGUCAUACACAAGUUAGUACAAUACUACUGCAAGUCAUACACAACUGUAAAACAUACUUAAAUUGGUACAAUACUGUUAUGAGUCAUCAACAAGUUGGUACAAUACAACUGCAAGUCGU